GUUGAUGACUUUUAAUCCCUUAAAAAACUAGCACGGUGCCAGUUUCAUUGGAACCCCUGCAGAAUGUCGUUGGCGUUCUUGUCCAAGAAGAGCUGGCAUACGGCCAAUCUGCGCGUACGUACCAGCUUUUGCUCAUUACCAGCACCUCUUGUUUAUCCCUUGACUCUCUCAGCGCCCAAUAUAUCUUAGAAUGAUUGUACCAUUGACCAUUGUCCUCAUGUUGAUCCAUCGAUCCAUUGCAGAAUGUGGAGAAGGUCUGGAUUGCCGAGCAGAAACAUGCGGCCGAAGAGAAGAAAGUCGCGGAGCUGCGCAAGAACAUUGAGGAGGAACGGCAGCUCCAGGAGCUAAGGCAGCUGCAGGCGGCACGUGGUGACAAGUCGGCGGCUGUGGAGCGUCUGGACUGGAUGUACGAAGGGCCGUCUGCUGCUCGAGAGAAGACGGCCGAGGAGUAUCUGUUAGGCAAAGAAUACAAGGGUGAGGAUGAGAAGGCAGCUAAAGGGGACGUGGACCUGAGCACAACCACCAAGUACGGCUCUCUGGCGCUUACCAAGAGCGCGCUACCGGCCAAUGACGCCUUCCAGCGCCUAAACGAGGAUCCGAUGAUGCUCAUCCGCAAGAGACAGCAAGCAGCUCGCGAACAGGUCCUCAAGAACCCAGUCAAGAUGAAAAGAAUCAAAGACGAAGUGGAUCGCGUAAAGGAAGACAAAAAGGCUCGCAAGAAAGCUAAGAAAGCUGCGAAGAAGGAGAAGAAUUAUGCUCGAAAAGAAGAGAAGCGACGACUGAAAAGGAAACAUGAUGAUGACAGUGUGAGUGAUACCAGCGCGGAUGAAAAGGAAGAGAAGACGAGUCGUCGCCACAAAGACUACCCUUCCAAGCACCAUCGUGGACAUGGUCGUGAAAGUGAGAGAGGGAGAUCGUGCUCAAGAUCGGAGAGUAGAUCCAGGUCACCGCUCUCUGUACGUCACCAUGGUGAUCGGGACCGUAGUCGUCCGCAUCACAGCGAUCGAGAACCAGCGCGUCAUGAGAGCAGUCAUGCUAAGAAUCGAUCAAGUCGAGACCGAUACGUCAACGAACGACGCGGAAGAGGUUCGUCCAGAGACCGCCGUGUUUCCAGCACCACUCGAGACCGUCGCUACCGUAGUCGAAGUCGCAGUACUCGUCGACACGAACAACGAGGCCGCAGUCGUAGUCGAAGUCCUAAAGGACGUGAUGACUUCGGUCGCGAUAGACCUCCUGCACGACCAACCGAUGGCUCAAUCAAUGAUCGCAGCAGAACUCCUCCCCGACGUGAGCACAAGCUGGAUACCCACCGUCAUUACGAUGAGAGAAGUCGCUCUCGCAGCCCAGUCGAUCGUCGAGAAAGACGUCGCUCUCUAAGCCCAAUCGACCGUCGGGAUAGGCGUCAAUCUCGUAGCUCAGGUAGAGAUCGCGAUAGCCAGCGUCAUCGCAGCCCUUCCAGACGCGAAAGCACACGUCGUGAGCGGAACUCGUCCCGCGACCGAGCGAGGAAGUCAGGAGAAGAGCGCGGCGAUAGUCGACGACACAAGGAACCAGAGUCGAGACGUAAGCCUGUGGAUACCGACGGCAAGUAUGGUUUAAUCAGCAAAGCAGGUGCCGUGGAGUCCAAGGAUGUCGAUAAGUCGUCGUUAGGCCCCAAUGCCAAGUACUUAGCAAAGGCUCGUGAGGCUAAGCGCCUUGAGGAAGAAGAGCGCCGGCGCAAGCUCGGUAAAUCCUCUCGUCCAGAACAGCGCGAGUUAACCGGCGAGGAGAAAAUGCGCAUGGCUCAGCAGAUGGUAGAAGAUGCCAAGCAACGCGAUAAAUACAUUGCCAAGCGCGCAACACUGAAAAAGGAUGAACUGGACAAGCGCGAGCAAGAGGCUUCAAAUUCAAACACCAACCCAGAAUUCCUCAGAAAACUGCACUCAGAAGCUUACCUGGAUGGUGAAAGCAACAUGAGCGAUCGGCUUCGCAGGAACGCUCAUUACAUUCAGAGAAAAGCGGAUGCUUCCAACUUCCUUUCCAAGUAAAUGCGAGUACCCCCACACGGAUGCAUAUGCGAAAUAAAAACAAUGAAAUGCUAUUCCUUUCUUUUUGUUACGACAUGGAGAGGAAUAACGAAAUGAAACAUUCGGGACAUGCAGCGGGGCGACAGGAUAAAUCUGGUUUAUGUUGGAAGUGGCGUCGCGAAUAAUUGUCCAUGAUGCAAGCAGCAUGCGCCAGAUCGGUCGGUCUACUGAAGAGUGUCAAGAGGUUGGAUGGCCAGCCACUACUCAAUGUCGCUCAUAUCGCUGACAUCGCUGUCGUCUUCCUCGUUUCCCAUCUCAAUGGGCUGCGAGGCGUAGUUCCGCACAUAUUCUACAUCGUCAAAAGAAAUACAUCAGUUUACUCUAAACAUGCACAUGCAAGUAGUAAAACUCAAUACC